CGCCCCCGAUUCCCUGUCCGCCGCAGUUUUUGAAGCGAAAACCAAAACGGCGAGACCUGCUGUCCACGAAAUCCUCGUUCUACUUGCCUCCCCCGAUUACCGUCUUGUUGCGCCACAGUAUUGGAGAAUCGAGAGUGCUCUCCCAGGUCGAGGUGGUGUAGGCGCUCGCGGAGCAGCCGAGGCGUUGGAGUUUGAGGAGGAGAAGAUGGUCGUGCUGGUGGUGGCCACGACGUCGGACCCGGCGUCCAUUGGGCCCGCCGCCGCCUUCCUCGCCAUGCCCGGAUGGUCCCCCGGCCCGCCCAUCGCCGAGGGGAUGGAAAGUUUUACUAAUGGGAAUGUUCGAUUAUUGAAGCAUGAGCAUAGCAUUAUCGCAGAGGAUGAUCUUGACCAGCGAUGGCAGGAAGCCACUGGAGAGUCUGUUUCUGAGGUCAUAUUUCUCAGCAAACACACUGCAGUCUCCAAACGUCCAGCACUCACAGUGCAUCCAAUUGGUGUGCCACAUCUGAAGGAGGAUGAAACCCCACCCCAAGGAGGGAUUCCUGGAUGGGCAGCAAUUCCAAGUCCUCGCAUUGGCCCUUGGCUCCGGCUGAUGCAAAAGAUAGCUGCAGAACAAGGCCUCGUUCCAGAGUUUGAGAUUACGCUUGAGGCUACUCACCAUGGACCAGUUACCAGCACACCCACCAUGUUUGUUGAGAUAGGAAGUACAGAAGACCACUGGGGUAGACAAGAUGCUGCGCAGGCAAUUGCUCUAGUUCUAUGGAAAGGGCUUGGUCUGGAGGAUGGAGAUGCUGUUGGAAGUUGGCAAAGGAACUGUGAAAAGGUUCUACUAGGUAUAGGAGGUGGUCACUAUGUUCCUCGUCACAUGGAUAUUGUCAUCAAAGAUGGUGUAUGGGUCGGUCAUUUACUCUCUGGCUACUCCUUGCCAAUGGACACACCAUCACAAGUAAAUGGAAAGACUUAUGGAGAGGUUGCUGGAAUGUGGAAGCAUGCCAUCAAAGUUUCCUACGAAGCCACAAAGGCAGCAUUUCCUGGUGGUGAAGUUAUUGCACAUCUUGAUCACAAGAGCUUCAAGGGCUGGCAGAAAAAUGCUGUCACAUCCUUUUUGCAGGAGCAGAACAUUAGGAUAGGAAAGCCUAGUGAUUUCUUCUGAUGUACUGCAACAGUAAUUGACACGAAAUGUUGGGGGAGGUUGUGAAUGCUUGAGCUGAUUUCCCUGGGCACACGUACGCUGAGUAAAUAUGAUGAAAUAAGACUAGAGAAUACAAGUGAUUCAAGAGCUUGAAUUUGCCCAUAA